UAAAUUCUCUUUAGAUUGGAAUCGGGGAUUAGCGUGAAAAUCACUCAUAUUUUACAGUAAAAUUAAAUGUGAAAUACAAUCAAUGCAGUGGAAACUAAAUAAUUAAGAAAGUUGCUAGGCUAAUAACCCAUUUGACCUCAAUUUCCCGAGAAGUAUUUUAUAUCAGUUUAUGUCAAUACAAUUAAUCAAGGCAUAAACUGAUAGAGGAUUACACACAGUGGACCAAACAAUAAAUGGCCGAGUUGCGAGUUUAUGAUAUUUAUACGGCUGCGUGACCUUGUUCAAUACACAUUGAGGACCGACCAUGCUUGACUUCAAGUUUGUUGUCAGUUGCCAUGAUAUCGGGUGCUCGGCUGGGGAUAUGCGAGGGUGACGUACUGGGUCAAAUGCACAUUGUUUGCGUGUUUGUCGUUCAGUGUCGGGUACAUGAGCGAAAAUAAUCGCUCUUGGGGCCCAAUAACCUUAUUCAGUAUCAACAAGUGCAUGUACACUCGAAGUUGUGCUCCAUGUAGUGUCGUGGAACGUAUAUAUAGCCGUUCAUCGAUAACUGGUCGGGAGACCAAUGUGGUCUAUGAAUUAUUGAAGGACGGAAGAAGCUGCCUGGCCUCAUACAAAGAGCCCAAUACGCCUGCCUGAUUUCUAGUGCCAUUAUAUCCAAGCCUCAAGCCCAACAAAUUGCAGUUUAUCGUGUUUGAUACUCUCAUUGGGAUCGAGUAUAGUGAUCACCCUUUUGAAAAUUACCGUGGAGGCGUAAAAGCUAGGCUUCAAUCACCGGCAUUGGUUGGAAAGAAUUGUAGUCAGUGAUUUCACCCGAUCCACGGACCCGUACGGGUAAUCGGGUAUACCGGGUACGGAAGUUCGAUCUCCAAGCCAGCACUCCUUGGUUGAUGAUUACACCAUGGUACACUGCAUGCCUUCUGACUUGGCAGUGAGCCUGCAUCUGUAGUUCCAGCAGGUUACUCAACAAAUCCCAAAGAUGACAUUCAUUACUGUGAAAUACGGGGACAACGAACAGAAGUUAUUCAACCCCUACUGCUCCAGUCUAAUUCUGCUGGAGUGUAUCCGCAAAAACUGCAAUAUAACGGAUGCCAAUGCAACAUUAGAUUUAUCAGACGCAAUGGGUAGCGUUAAGCGUCUCCCAGAUAACCUACACGCGUACGCAAAUACCCUACUGGACGGCAGAGAAACAUACUGGGUCAUCAGAGUAGAAAAAGGUGCGACGGACACCGAUCCGACGAAGUACACAUUGCUCAUAGAUGACCCAGAGAAGAACUGCCCAGAUUUAUCAAGUCGUCUACAAGACUUGUCUCGGCCGACAACACGAGGUCGGAAGGAGUCGCAAUGGAGCAACCUCAGACGCAAACUACCACCACGCAGCAAAACUGGCUCCGGUCGACCCAAGAGUAACACCAAGAAACGGUAGCUUGCAGCGUGGUCAAGAGUGACGGAAUCAAAUUUGGCGCCAAAAGUUCGCAGCAGACGAAAUUUACCCAACUUCGAGAGAAGCAUUUGGCCGGCGA